CACGUCCCAAGUUUCAAACGCCGCAACCACCACACAAUUCUUACACAUUUCUACUCUUUAGUUUCUCCAAUUUUCUUUCUCAAUUCUCAACAAUGGCCACUACAACACAACUUCACUUACCCCCUGGAUUCAGAUUCCAUCCAACAGAUGAAGAACUCGUCAUCCACUACCUUUGUCGCAAAUGCGCUUCGCAACAUAUCGCGGUUCCCAUAAUCGCCGAAAUUGAUCUGUACAAGUACGACCCUUGGGACCUUCCAGGAAUGGCUUUGUACGGAGAGAAAGAGUGGUAUUUUUUCACGCCGAGGGACCGCAAGUACCCGAACGGUUCGCGGCCGAACCGGUCCGCGGGAACCGGGUACUGGAAGGCAACCGGAGCGGAUAAACCAGUUGGUAAACCGAAACCGGUUGGGAUCAAGAAAGCGUUGGUUUUUUACGCUGGAAAAGCGCCCAAGGGAGAGAAAACUAACUGGAUCAUGCACGAGUAUCGUCUUGCAGACGUGGAUCGUUCCGUUCGCAAAAAGAACAGCUUAAGGCUGGAUGACUGGGUGCUGUGCCGAAUUUACAACAAGAAAGGUGCAAUUGAAAAGCAACAACUACCACCACCGAGUGGGGUCCGCAAAAUUGAAUGUUCCGAAAUGGAGGACGAGAAGCCGGAGAUUCUGCCGCCAGAUCCGCCGUAUACGGCGGCGACGGUGGCGGAUUGCCUGUACUUCGAGGCUUCCGACUCGGUGCCCCGGCUGCACACGACGGACUCGAGCUGCUCCGAGCAGGUGGUGUCGGCGGAGUUUGCGAGCGAGGUGCAGAGCGAGCCGAAGAGGGGCAGCAACAACAACAACGAGUUUGCAUAUAAUUACGUGGAUGCCACUCUCGGGAAUAAUCAGAUGUCGCCGCUGCAGGAUAUUUUCAUGUACCUCUCCAAGUCCUUCUGCAAUUAACACGCACCACCACCACGACGAGACGACGUCGUUCUGUGUUGUGUGUAUGCAUUAUGCAUUUUUGCAGUAGCUGCUCCACUGCACCAUUUGCACGGAAGCACGAGACUGAGUGAAGAUCCGUGAGUGUGUCCGUGCUGGUUCGUGUAGACGAUUAUUACAAAAAAAAACAAAAAAGCACCAAGAUGAAGAAGAAGAAAGAUUCUUAUAUGAACAUGAUGAAUUAUGAGUAUAUUAAAUUAAUGAAGUAUUAAUACAUCAUUGAGUAUAUUAAUGUGUGGUUAUUUAAAAAUAAGUACUUGAUUAAUGAUGCGUUAAUAAUUGAUUAAUUUAAUACACUUAGAUUUGAUGUACAUUUGGUUGUGUAAGCUAGGAUCAUUCGUCAGUACUAUAUUUGAUUAGUGUAGACGAGAUAGCUAAAAUGCCGGGGAAGUAUAGUAGUAGAAUUGAAAGGUGAUGGAGGUGUACAUCAAAUUGUUGUUCAUCUAUUGACUUGGUGAGUGAUGUAUGGUUAGGCUUGGAUCAAGGAUGGAUUAGCUAGCGUACAAUUAGUAGGAAAUAAAUUAGCAUGCGUAAAUAAUGUUGGAUGUGGUUAAUUAUGGUAUGGAAUAAGGUGAAUUUGGAUUUUUGACUUUUAAUUAA